GAAACACAUGUAUAUAUCGGAAAUUCUGGUGUAUCCCUUGACUGGCAUGAGAUUGCUUUCCCUCUUGUAUCGUAUGUAUUACAGGGGGGGUUGGCUGUCAUAUGCCAGUCAAGGGGAUAUGAUAUGUUGGUAGCUUGCUUAUUCCCAUCGACGAAAACUCAGCAAAGCUGGAGUUUAACAAAUAAACCGCAUAGCAUGUUGCUCCGUGCCUUAAUUUCCAUUGUUUUGUUUUUUUCAGAGAAUACCUAUGGUAUUAUUUCUCGGGGGUCCCAACAAGUUUCAGGUACCUGUCAAAUAUCCGAGGUAUCGAAAGACAAUGUCGAAUAGCUUCUCCGUUAAAUAUGACAUGUGCUUAGAUCAACUACGGAAACUGACCACUCAACGCCCUCCCUCAAUCAGAUCUGAGCAGAACGCCAAUUAGCAAGAAGUUGCUUUAUGGUUCAGUUUAGCGACCCCUGUUUGGACCCUUCGAUAGAUAGUAGAAAAGUUCGGUAUUAUUACGGUCUCUUGCAAAUAAUAUCACUGUUCAGCUAGCUAGACCGAAACCAUGUAGCGUUGAGCCGGCUAGGCCAAUAGUCAAUGCAUGAUUUUUUCUUUUCUAACUAGCAUACAGUAGCUACCUAACCUACCUGAUAUAAUGCACCUCUAAUAUUUAAGCCUAUCGCUCCUCGAAUUAUCUUCCUGCAUUUUACAGUUCCGCAGGUCUCAUGUCAGUGGUCCAAAUUCUUACCAGUUAGUCGCCAUGUUCUUAAUCAACGUAACUCAUCACUCUUUAAGUCAAAUAUCUGAGAAAUUCCAUUUCCAGAAAAAUGCAUCCUCGUAUGAAGAGGACGCCGGCGCCACUAGCACUCGGCUCGCUGCGGCCGCGUUGUCUUACUUACCCCUGCGAAGCUAUUCUUCGUCAAGCCACAUCUUGGACUCGGCGGCUGGGCCGGGCAUCGUAACCAAGCUCCUCCUAUCACCGUCCCCAGCAGAUGUCUCAGUCCCUGAAUUGCCGGUUUCUCCGCGGCCGCGGGUUACCGGCAUAGACCUUGUUCCCGCCAUGGUGGAGCACUUCAAGGCAAACAAAGCCUCGCUAAAUUGGACUACAGCCGAUGCCUACGUGCAAGACUCGGAAGACCUUUCCAGGUUCAAAGACGCGGAAUUCGACGCCGUAGUUAUGAAUUUGGGAAUCUUUAACCUACGCGAUCCGGUCGCGGGCGCCGCAGAAAUGUACCGGGUGCUCAAGCCUGGCGGUUACGCCGUGAUUACGACGUGGAAGACUCGGCGGGUUGUCGAAAUACUCCAGGGUGCACUGGACGCCAUCCGGCCAAAUAGCUGGUUGAAACCCAUGUAUAUGCCCCCUGAGUGGUUGACAAAGGAGAAGCCGUCAAGCGUGAUGGAGGCGGGCGGGUUCCAUAAGGAUCAGAUCGAGACGUUCGAAGCCGAGCCGAACUGGGAAUGUGGUUCGGAGGAGGGGAUUGUCAAGGCGCUGAAUUCGCCCUUGUGGACGUCGAAGAUCUUCGAGGGGUGGAGUCAUGAAGAGAUAGGCCGUUGGAAUGGCGAGAUACGAAAGCAGCUGCGCGAUACGGAGAAGAAGACGGGAACAUUGGAGAUGUCGGCCUGGAUUUGCGUCGCUCGGAAAGGUUGAAUGGACGUUAUGGUGGAUUAUGGCAUUUAUGGCAUUUACGAACUUGUGAUAACCUGCGCAUUGGGCGUCGUCGAUCCUGAUAGGUAUUUAUUUUAUACCAUAGCACCAUAAAAUUGUGAAAUCGGCUCGUCAGCUAGUCUACGGUGAAAUAUUGAC